UGUUUCUUUAAAGCCGUCACGACCGCAGCUCACCCCGUGGUAGGCUCCCGCUGCUUGUUAUCUUCUGUCAACAAGAUGGCUGUCGUUCCUGAGAGCAGAGUUCUAAGUUUUAGCGUGUUCAAAUGGAGCUCUUACUCCUCUACAUAUUUACCCGAGAAUAUCUUGGUGGACAAACCUAACGAUCAGUCUUCCAGGUGGUCUUCGGAGAGCAACUACCCUCCUCAGUUUUUAAUCUUGAAAAUGGAAAGGCCGGCUAUUGCUCAGAGCAUCACCUUUGGAAAGUAUGAAAAGACUCAUGUCUGCAACCUGAAGAAGUUUAAAGUCUUUGGUGGGAUGAGUGAAGAGAACAUGACAGAACUUUUGUCCAGUGGCCUUAAGAAUGACUACAACAAGGAAACAUUCACCUUAAAGUACAAGAUUGAUGAGCAGAUGUUUCCCUGCAGAUUUGUCAAAAUAGUUCCUCUGAUGUCCUGGGGUCCUAGUUUUAAUUUUAGCAUCUGGUACAUUGAGCUGCAUGGUGUUGAAGAUCCUGAUGUGGUGCAACCCUGUCUUAACUGGUAUAGCAAGUACAGAGAACAGGAAGCCAUUCGCCUUUGCCUCAAGCACUUCAGGCAGCAUAACUACACAGAGGCCUUUGAGUCGCUCCAGAAAAAAACUCGGAUAGCACUAGAGCACCCCAUGCUCACUCACUUACAUGACCGGCUGGUGCUACAAGGAGACUUUGAUGCCUGUGAGGAACUCAUUGACAAAGCUGUGAGAGAUGGUUUAUUUAAUCAGUAUAUCAGCCAGCAGGAGUACAAGCCGAGGUGGAGUCAGAUCAUUCCGAAAUGCAACAAAGGGACAAGUGUCCCAGAAAUCAACCGAGAUGACAUCAGCGGUGACGGCGAUGACAACAGACCAGGAAUGAGGGGAGGACAUCAAAUGGUCAUUGACGUUCAGACUGAGACCGUGUACCUGUUUGGGGGCUGGGAUGGCACACAAGACCUGGCUGACUUCUGGGCUUACAGUGUUCAAGAGAACCAGUGGGCUUGCAUCUCCAGAGACACUGAGAAAGAGAAUGGGCCAAGUGCCCGUUCCUGCCACAAGAUGUGCGUUGACUCUCAGCGGCGUCAAAUCUACACACUAGGCCGAUACCUGGACUCCAGCGUCAGGAACAGCAAGUCUCUGAAGAGCGACUUUUACUGCUAUGACAUUGACGCAAACACCUGGACACUUCUCAGCGAGGACACGUCUGCUGACGGAGGGCCAAAGUUGGUGUUUGACCACCAGAUGUGCAUGGAUUCAGAGAAACACAUGAUCUACACAUUCGGUGGUCGGAUUCUGACAUGUAAUGGCAGUGUGGAGGACAGCCGGACAUCAGAACCUCAGUUCAGUGGCCUGUAUGCCUACCAUUGCCAGGCAGGAACAUGGAACCUCCUGCGGGAAGACUCGUGUAACGCUGGGCCAGAAGAUAUCCAGUCCCGCAUCGGACAUUGCAUGCUCUUCCACACUAGAAACCGCUGUCUGUAUGUGUUCGGAGGUCAGAGGUCAAAGACUUACCUCAAUGAUUUCUUUAGCUACGAUGUGGACGGAGACCAUGUAGAGAUCAUAUCUGAUGGCACCAAGAAGGACUCUGGCAUGGUGCCAAUGACAGGCUUUACCCAGAGAGCCACCAUCGACCCCGACCUCAAUGAGAUCCAUGUUCUCUCGGGCCUCAGUAAAGACAAGGACAAACGUGAGGAGAAUGUUCGCAACUCCUUCUGGAUCUAUGACAUCGCCCGCAACAACUGGUCAUGUGUGUAUAAGAACGAUCAGGCAGUGAAAGAAAACCAGAGCAAGGCUCUGCAGGAGGAGGAGCCGUGCCCACGCUUUGCACAUCAGCUUGUAUAUGAUGAGAUGCACAAGGUGCAUUACCUGUUUGGUGGAAACCCUGGGAAGUCCUGUUCUCCUAAAAUGCGAUUGGACGACUUCUGGUCCCUCAAACUGUGUCGGCCUUCUAAGGAGUAUCUGCUCCGUCACUGCAGAUACCUCAUCAGGAAAUACAGGUUUGAGGAGAAAGCCCAGUCAGAGCCACUAACUGCACUGAAAUAUCUUCAAAAUGAUCUGUCGCUCACUGUGGACCACACAGACCCUGAUGAGACCAAAGAGUUUCAGCUCCUGCCCUCAGCUCUCUUCAAAUCUGGCUCUGACUUCAUCCCUCUGGGUUUCUCAGACGUGGACCAGACAUACGCUCAGCGGACUCAGCUCUUUGAUAUGCUUGUCAACUUUUUCCCGGAUAGUAUGACCCCACCCAAGGGCAACCUGGUAGACCUGAUCACCCUCUAACCCCUCCUGCCUCUGACACGCCCCUCCGUACCCCAUCUCAUCACCCACUGGACAGACUGAACACCACCCAUGCACCUGAUGGGACAGAGGAAACACAGACCUGUUAUUUUUCUAUUCCUGAACUUUGCUUGUGGGAGUAAACUUGAUGUGGAUCAUCCCCACCUCUAACACACUGACCUGCUGCUGUCAGGCUGCAUUAAUGAUGGUGAUGGUUAUAAACAAACAUACACAUUAUAUAUAAGCAGACUUCCACGAUAGCUUGAAGUGUGUUUUUCCCAGUUUCACUUGAAUAUUUCUUCCAUUUUUUUCCACGUACCCAAAGCCCAUCAUAACCAAACAUAGCCAAAACUGUUUUUGUCUGACUUGGUUUUUUGUUCCCAGAAAAGUUUUGACCAAAAAGGGUAUUUCCACUCAUUUGUUUUUAGUCGUGUUUCUUUGAAUGUUCCUCCUGAAAUGGAUAAUUCACAGAAAAAUGGAAACUCACUCAUUAUCUACUCACCACUAUGCCGAUGGAGGGCUGGGUGAAGUUUUGAGUCCACAAAACACUUUUGGAGUUUCAGGGGUAAACAGCAUUGCAGCCAAAUCCAAUACAAUUGAAGUAAAUGGUGACCACUUCUUCAAAUAGAAAACAACAUAAAAUGCCUCCAUCCUGCUCCUGUGGUGUCAUCCAAAUCUCCGGUAGCCCCGACAUCCACAUUUGAAUCGAAAGGGCAUCAUUUAAACUAUGUUUUUGGCCUAAAUGUCCUUUGAUAUUCUCCUCUGGAGCCGCAUUCGCACAAACACACUGCACCCAAGCUCUCGCCCAAGGGUGCCUACUGUAGCAUCGCUAGUUCAGGUAGCAUUGGUACUUCAGGUAGCGAACAUUUUGACACCACAGAACAGUAUGGAGGCAUUUUCUGUUUUUUUUUCUGUUUUUUACAUUUGAAGACGUCAGUCGACAGUUACUUAAAUUGUAUUGGAUUUGGCUGCAACGCAGUUUAUCCCUGAAACUCCAAAAGUGUUUUGUGGACUCAAACACCUUUAGAUUACAAGUCAAUUUUUAUUUUUCGGUGAACUAUACCUGUAGGCUUUGUGCUAAAUCAUAAGAUGAUUUAUGUUCAGGCCAGUUGUAAAGUCAAGAAGCCAGUUAAAUUCAAAUUCAUGGGUGUUUAAUUUAUUUUAAGACAGGACAGAAAUCAUUUAAUAGGAAAUAAUUUAAUUUAAUCUAACUUAAUGUCAGCUUUCAUUUUCAUGAUUUGGUUAGCUUAGUUUUCUGUAACACAUGCCCCCAUUUAUAACAGAGACUGACGAGGUGCAACAAAGUAUUGUUUGAACAAAAUUGGACUGGUUCUAAGAGAUAAAGUUUAAUAUAUAUCUAAAUAUACAUUUAUAUUGGUUUUGGGGUGUUUUCCAUGUAAAAUGUCUGUCCUCAGUCAUUCAUGGACAGAAGCUCAACUAUUAGACGUCUAAUGUUGUACAAAAUAUGUAAAUAUACAUGUAAGAUUAUUUUCAAAGAUUCUUGGAUUGAACAGAUCCUAUGCUGGUUCAUGCUCUUCCUUGUCCCUCUUAAUCAUAAACUGCGUCCGCAUACAGUUUACCUUCAGGUUCUAUAUGUAAUACUUAUAAUUACUCAUCGGGAAGACUUUCAAAUAACUGGUGUGAGUUUUGAUGAAAUACUGGUAAUAGGGCGAGAAGGUGUUUUAGGUCUGUUUGGUGUGUUGACAUGUUUGUUCUGUAUGAUAAAGAUGUUGGUAUUAUUUGUCUCUCCACCGGCGACAGGCAGUGACCAGUGAACAUGAUAUCUCAAGAACAACUUGAGGGUGUAUUUUCUUCAAGUGUGGUACAAAAAUAUUCACUUGGACUCGAGGAUGAACCGAUUAGAUUUUGCUAGUCAAAGGUCCAGGUCUCGGUGGCCUCACUAAAACACAUUUGUGGUUUGGAACGCAACAUCUCAGGAACACCUUGAGGGAAUUUCUUCAAAUUUGGUACAAAUGUUCUCUUGUAGUCAAGGAUGAAUGAUUAUCUUUUAGUGGUCAAAGGUCACGGUGAUCUCAUGACUUGUGAAUGUGAUAUAUCAAGAACACCCAUAGGCAAAUUCAUAACAUUUUGCUCAAACAUUCACUGUGACUCAAGGAUGAGUCAAAAAACUUUUUUGCCUUGUGAAUGCGUUAUCUGAAGAAUACCUUGAGAGAAUCCUUUUAAAUUUAGAACAAAAGUUCACUUAGACUCUCAAAUUAAUUGAUAAGACAUUGGUCCCCAAAGAUCAAGGUCACAGUGGCCUCUUAAACAUGAUAUCACAAAUCUCUUGAGGGAAUUUCUUCAAAUUUCAAACAUUUAUCACCUGGAAUCAAAAAUUAACUAAUUACAUGCCAGUGGGCAAAAGUCACGAUUACUUAUGAGUCUGGAAAAAGAAAAGUAUGUAGACUGAAACUACUCUGGGUGAUGGAGCCAUACAACCACAAUGUGGAAAUUCUAGGUGUUUUUUUUUUCUUCUUCAAAUCCAUGCUGUCUAAAAAAUGUAAUGUUCAUUGAAGUAGAGAGCAUGACUAAGUACAACCAGCCUAACUCAUCUGCUGGCUGAUAAACUCAAAAUCACCCAUCAUGUUUUCUGUGCAUACACAGAAGCAUGCUUUAGCUCACACUCAAUAUAUUUGACAUCUGAAAGGAGGUAUUGUCUACUUUACUAAAACUCUGCUGGGCUCCCGUUCCUCAGUUUCAACAGACAGCUGUCUCACACUUGUCCAAUGGAAAUAAAUCAAGUAUCAUGGUGUAAUUUUUAGAAAUAAUAAAUAGACUGCAGAAAACCAUGUUGGCUCAGUGAUUUCUGCAUAAAGGGACGAAGAGCAAACAAACAUGAUCUACUAACAUGGAGUCUGCUCAGUCCUUUUGACACAAGAAAGACUGAGCAGGCAGCCUGUUCUGUGUGCUGAAGGAAUAAACUAAAACCAGCAAGUCUGCUAACAGCCGAUCAUACAGUCAGCCAGAAACUGAAUACCUGAGUCCCUUUUUCACCUUUUUUUUAAAUGUGGCAGUUAGUGCCUCUCUCCAGAGAGGCUUGGCUAAACAGCUUGGAGCUAGCAUUAUUCAUGUAACCAACAAAAUAAUUAAAAACAAGCAGGUCUGAAGUGAAACCAUAUAAACCUUAUAUUUCAUAUUAUCUAAAACAGAUAUAAAAAAUUUGAUACAUGAA